GUGGCGCCGGGCCGGGUCUCUCCGUGGCAGGUAGAUCCGCUCCCUGUCGCAUGGGAAACUCUUCCCCGGCCCCGGCCGGCGACGGGAAUAUCGCCGAGCUGUUCUUCCGGCUCUGUUAUUGCCCCCGGGGCUCAGCAGUGGGGAGGCCCUGCUUUCCUGCUCCUGAAAACCAUCGAAGCGGCUGAUUUUCCAGCAGGCUGGGAGCUGGGGCUAACCAGUGUCUCUGCAGGGAUAAGGGCUUCUUAGAGCUAUGUCAGUGAUGGGUUUGGUUUUUAUUUCUAGACCAGAAUUCUUGGACAGUUUUGGUAUGGCUGCAACUUGGUUUGCAGGAAAUUAUUGCAGAAAUAAAGGAAUUACUCCAGCUUGAUUUGCAGUCCUAUGAGCUCACCUUCCCUCCCUUCUGGGUAGUCUUUCCGUGACACCUACAGCAACUGUUGUGUUGUCUUAUGUUCAGCUGGAAGCUGCUCAAAUGCCAUGGUAACAAAUGAGGUUAUUGGAUGAAUGAAUAUACUUCUUCCCUUGGAAUUGGAGUGUUCCAUUCAGGUAUAGAAGUGUAUGGCCGAGAAUUUGCCUAUGGUGGUCAUCCAUACCCUUUUUCUGGAAUAUUUGAAAUUUCACCAGGAAAUGCUUCUGAGCUAGGAGAAACAUUUAAAUUUAAAGAGGCUGUGGUUCUAGGCAGUACUGACUUUAUGGAAGAUGACAUAGAAAAAAUAGUAGAAGAGCUUGGAAAAGAAUUCAAAGGAAAUGCUUAUCACCUAAUGCACAAAAACUGCAAUCACUUUUCUUCAGCUUUAUCUGAGAUUCUGUGUGGAAAAGAGAUUCCACGAUGGGUGAAUCGCCUUGCCUACUUCAGCUCUUGUAUACCAUUUCUCCAGAGCUGUCUGCCGAAGGAGUGGCUAACUCCUGCAGCCCUCCAGUCUAGUGUUAGCCAGGAGCUACACGAUGAGCUGGAGGAAGCUGAGGAUGCAGCAGCAUCAGCUUCCUUGGCAAGCUCAGCAUCUGGGUCUAGAACUGGACGCCACACCAAAUUAUAAGUCCUCCUCCAAAGUAACAAGUGGUUUGAAAUACUUCGGUUUAAUCUCUCCAGCAAUUGACUUCCUGACAGAACAUGAGAGCUGACUCUAGAACAUUGUUUUUAUAUGCAAAAAAGGCUCUCAUCAACCCCUGUUUCAGCUCAGGAUUAUUUCUGUAGUGAAAAGAAUUGCUGGGAGAAAAGGGAAGGAUUUUGUGUGAAGCCACCCUUUUCAUUUUCACCUGUUUGGUAGACCUGGGUUAAUUUAACAUCUUGUAUAAAGCAGAAUUUAAACUAUUUGUUUACAGUAUUGUGUAUUGCUGUUUACAAGUCCUGUAAGGACUCCUGCCACCGUGGAAGAAGAGAGAAUUUGAGUUUGAUUUAACUGUUGGUAUAACUCAAAAGCAGUGGUAUGAUGCCCUGGAUGAACUCUCCCCUUUGUUUUCAAGAUUUAAGGCAGGUGAACAUUAAAUUUCUGAGAAAUGCCAGAAACUGCUGAAUACUAUAUAUGUGAACAGGGUACUGUGCACUUAAAGUGGCUGAUGUAAGCAGGUGGAUUCCAGGAUGUAGGGAGACUGGUUUUGUCUAAGAUCUGUUACUAGAAGUAUGACCUCUACAUUAAUGAAACUGUGGAUUUUUGCACAUAUGAAGGGGAAUUUCUGUCUCAUUACAAUGCACAUGGAUCCCUUUUUUUUUUUAACUCAGCCAUAUAGUUUGCAUCCUAUCUUCUGUCUGUAUUUAGAGUCUACUUCAGGAUUUAGACAUGUGAAUACCAUGUUAGAACCAUCAACGAAUUUUUCACUGUUUGCUUUAAUUGAUUUCAAACUUGUAUAUAAAAGCUAGUCCUUGUAUCUUUUUUUUUUUGUUGUUGUUGUUUUGUUUCAUAUAAUUUGGAAUAGUGUAAUACAAGCCAUUUAUGGUUGGGGAAUGGCCUUGCUUUCUGCUGCUGAUUUUGCUUCACCUGAGUUUGUAAACUUUCCUGUCCUUUUUUUUUUGAGCUCUAAAUUACUGCCCAGUUGUGCAUAUCCGCACAAAUUACAGAGAAAUCCUAAUUUAUUUUCCCACAGUCUCUGUCUGUGGCAUUAACUUUCUUGUCAGAUGUAAUGAAGAAAAACCUGAAAAUUGCUUAUGCACCUGCGUGUUUACACAGCAGAACCCACUAAUCUGCACACAUAAUUAUAUCUGAAGGUAAGAGAUAUUAUUUUCUAAAACACAGAAUUAUGUUUGCUGGUAGAUUAUAAUUAGAGCUAAAUUAUAAUUAGUGAUCAGAAUAUAUAAUGGAAUGCCUUAUUCUUGUUCAUUUACCAAGAGAAUUAAUGGUUCUUCCAGUCGUUAGUGUAAAUUAGUGAGGUUCUAUUGUGCACAUAAGGCUACAGUAGCACAAACGUGAGGGAGGUGAGCUUGUGUAUUUUGUAAGACUUGCUGCCUUAAACUAACAAAAAACCCAUACCAUCUGCAGACUGAUCAGCUCACAAAGUGUGCAUUACUAGAAGUAUAAGUGAUUCUUACAAGCUUUAUUUUCAGUCUGUUGCUGGGCUUAAGUUUUCAAUUAAGUGAAAUACUGACUACAGUUUCUGCUGUUUAAAAGGAAAAAGUCCUCUUAGGAGGCAAGAAUGCUUCAUGUUACGAGUGCUCCUAGCCAUGGUAGUUGGUGCUGUUGCACCCUGCAGAUAGGUGCAGUAGGCUGUAUCGUAGUAAGAAUUCUUAUCCUCGCCAACUCCCGCUCACGUUGGAAAUGAGCAGAAGUUUUUGUGCUAGCAGUUGGGUUGAAUCCUUUGCCAGACGGUCUUUAAGUUUUCACUCAUCUUCUGUGAUGCAGCGUAGGUACAGAGAGAGAGGCAUUCGGUUCUGGGGGGAAAAAACACAAAACAAAACAAACAAACAAACAAACAAACAAACAAACAAACAAAAAAAAAAAAAAAAAACAAAAAACAAAAAAACAAAAAAAAAAAAAAAACCAAAAAAAAAAAAAAACAAGUGAGACUCUUUCCGGAAAGAGUGGGAUGAUAAUAGAAGUCUCUUGAACUGUAGUUUGGUACGUGUUCUAAUCAUCUCUUCCACCAAGUGGGAAACGCUUAAGACUGACAAGUCUGCCACUAUGUUCUCUGGUCUCCAGAAGCUGGAUAUACUGACUCUCCCCGUUGAGUGCUUUUUCACUUGACUCUCUGAAUUUGAGUUCUCCUUUCUUUUUUUUCCUGUAGUGAAAAUGAAUAUGGUGGUCUCCAGGCAACUCUCAAGCAUUACAGAACUGAAUCUCACACUACUUACAGCUAAGACAACAGGUUGCAGACAGGUUAUUUUGACUCUGCUGUGCGGCUGUGGUAGUAAUGUGACUAAGUCUCUUGGCCAAGGCAGGUCCUUUAUUUCAGCUCAGGGUUGAGGCCACUGAUCUAGCAAUGUACUGUAGCUUUUCCUAGGUUUUAGGAAAAAUAAAUAGAAUGAAUUUUCAUCGCUACCUAACUUUUAUGUACCAAAAUCAGCUUUUUAGGCUUCUGAUACAUCCAGAGCACUAGGUCACAAAUGUCUACACCUUCAUUAACACACACAACUGCAGCAUGUACAAUGCAAGAACGUGACAGAUCACAGCACAGUUUUUAUUUAGAAGUAAAACUAAGAGUAUUUUUUAUAAAACAGACUGGAAAGUUUGUAACAAACACAUUCAUUUUAUUGGUAGCUGUACAGGUGAAAAUACUGUCUUAGGCUCCUCUUUUUUGUUUUUGUUUCUGUUCCAAAACCAUGCAUUUGUAAAUCCUGUGAGGAAACUGACACCUGAACCCUGAAGGCUGUGGGGUAUCGCAUCAAAGCCAGUGGUACUGUAACUUCAGUUGCGUGCUGUCAACUCAGCCUCCACUGGACACCUCCAAGUCACCCUGCCAGUGGUUACUCCGAUUUGUUAGCAAUAGAGCAAGUUACCCUUCACCAGCAUUACUGCCAAGCAGGGAUUACUUUAGUCUACUAAUGACCACACUGUGCUAGGACUAGAACACUCCAAAAUGCUGUGAGAAAGCUGGACACCUGUGGAGUCUUUUCCAUCAAAACGGGUAGAAAAAUAUCACUACUUCAGGGUUCUGCUCUGUUUACUUUCUCAUCCUUGUUUAGUUUUCUGUAAGAUAGUACUUUUGAUACAUAUUAUAUUCUUUAACUCCAAGUCAUUUUAUUUAAAUGCCAUUUUCUGUUCAGCAAGCCAAAAAAAAUCCAAUGUACUGUCAGUGUGCACCAGUAACUUCAGAGUGGCUUGGUAAAAACAUAGUUGCAUUACUUCUAAAAUUUGCAAUGCAAUUCUGAUCACUAUUGAAACAUGGUAAUUUUCACUGUUGGAAGUUGGUUACAAGCUGAAUAUUCACUGAUGCAUUUUUUGUAAACUUGUAUUCAAGUUUACUGUACUACAUAGUAUUUGUAUAAAAUUCAAAGAAUUUUGACUUUGUUACCUGUACAUGGCAACAAGUUGUCUAGCAUCUGAAACUUAAAUCCAUCAGUUUAUUAAAAAUACUUUUAUAAAAAAA